AUGACAUCCGAUCAAUUCCUCAAAUACAUGGAGCAUUUCAUCAAAUACACCGGCGCGAAUAAGGAUUCACCAACUCUUCUGCUUCUCGACAAUCACACAUCACAUUUGUCGAUUGACACCCUUGAAUUGGCAUUGGAUCACGGCAUUACCAUGCUCUCAUUCCCACCGCAUUGCACUCACCGUAUGCAGCCGCUCGAUGUUUCGGUAUUUGGCCCUUUCAAGACCAUGUUCACCAUAAAACAUGAUACUUGGAAGAAAUCAAACGUCGGCGUGGUUUUUGAUUUGCAUCAUGUGCCACUCAUUGUCGACCAAUGCUUAGAUACUGCCGUGACCCCAAAAAACAUCAAGGCUGGAUUUAGAGCGACAGGUAUUUUCCCAUUCGAUCCGCACGUCUUCACGGAAAUCGACUUCAUCGCUUCGCAUUUGAGCGGCGAAAAUGAGUGCGACGAUGAUGAAGAAGAUGAAGAUAAUCAGCGUCGAAUCAUUGUGUCUGGCGAUGCAAUAGCAACCGCAGUACAUGAAGAAGUCACGACAUCUGAACCAUCUACAAGCUCUGUCGUUUCGGCCAAAGAGCUCCGCGAUGCAUUAAAAUAG